AUGCCCCAACCUUCGACAUAUACGAUCACGAGGAAAUCCACAGCCUUCCGUGGAGAUGUUGAGAAACAUGCCAUCGACGACGUAGAAACGGACACCCUCCCUCCCUCCCAGCAAGAACAGAUUCAAAGAAUUCCUAAACGCCCCUUCCUCCUCAUCCUCGCCGUAAUUCUCCUUCUACUUGCCGUUGCCGUCCUCCCCUAUGCGGCAUAUAGCCUUGUCACAUCGAUCUCGGCACACACCAGCCAGAACGACAUAGUGGAUCGUGUCAUUGCAUCCACUGGACUGUGCAAGCGGGAUGAGCUGGGAGGAGGGCAGAUCUUCGGGAUCUUCCUUGGAGUGCUUGUCUUGCUGGCUUUUAUUGGUGCGAGUCUGUGGAUGUUUGGUUGUGUGGUUGCUGGUGUGAAUAGGGUGAGCACAGCGAAGAGAGACAAGGUUCGAGUCCGCUUCGACGAUGAUGAGCAUCGAAUCAAAGUGGCAGACGAUGGUGCGAAGCUGCCUAAUCUUCCACCGCCCUCUCCAGCUCCAGCGCAUAUGAGGCGUCGUAAACCUGUAUAUCGGCCGGUCCUGCAUGCCUUGGAAGUCCUGAUUCUCUGCCUUGUCGUCAUCAUACUGGUUUUACUGGCAAUUUGGGCAUAUCAUCUAGCAUUUGGGACUUCCUCGUCCAGCUCUGAGGUGUGGAAGCGGGACAUGCUGAGGAACAUGUCGGUGAAGAAUAUCAAACCUCCAGCUAUCGCUCGUUCCUUAUUGCACCCUAGAAGCAUUCUGGAAAAGCGACUCAGCAAAGGUGUAUCGAUUGGCAUUGUGGCUGGAGCAGCUGCAGUGGGUAUCGCCAUAGCUACCAUUCUUUUGACUCUCAGGCCGCGACUUGCCUGA